CCAGCCCGCAGCCUCGCGGCGGAACCGGGCCAUGGCGCGGGUCCUGAUCGUGGGCGCCGGGCUGACGGGGAGCGUGUGCGCCGCGCUGCUGAGGAGGGAGACGGGCGGUCGUCUGCGCCUCUCCGUGUGGGACGAGGCUGGGGACUCAGGAGGAAGAAUGACUACAGCCAGCAGCCCUCAUAAUCCACAAUGUACAGUCGACUUGGGUGCUCAGUACAUCACCUGUACUUCUCAUUAUGCCAAAAAGCACCAAAGUUUUUAUGAUGAACUCUUAGCUUGUGGUAUUUUGAAGCCUAUGACCUCGCCUGUGGAAGGAAUGGUGAUGAAAGAAGGAGACUGUAACUUCAUUGCACCUCAAGGAAUUUCUUCAAUUAUUAAGCAUUACUUGAAAGAAUCAGGUGCUGAAAUCUGCUUCAGACAAUGUGUGACCGAGAUCAACCUGAAAAAUGACAAGUGGGAAGUCUCCAAGGAAACAGGUUCCCCAGAGCACUUUGAUCUUAUUGUGCUCACAAUGCCGGUUCCUCACAUUCUGCGGGUUCAAGGUGACAUCAUGAACUUAAUUAGUGAAUGCCAAAGACAGCAACUGGAGUCUGUGACCUACUCUUCCCGCUACGCUCUGGGUCUCUUUUAUGAAGCUGGCACCAAGAUUGAUGUCCCUUGGGCUGGGCAGUACAUCACCAGUAAUCCCUGCAUACGCUUCAUCUCCAUUGAUAAUAAGAAACGCAAUAUAGAGUCAUCAGAAAUCGGACCUUCCCUUGCCGUUCACACGUCUGUCCCAUUUGGAGUUGCACACUUGGAACACAGCAUUGAGGAUGUGCAGAAGUUAAUCUUCCAGCAGCUGGAAGUGAUUUUGCCAGGUUUGCCUCAACCAGUUGCUACCAAAUGCCAGAAAUGGAGAUAUUCACAGGUUACAAAUGCUGUUGCCAAUUAUCCUGGUCAAAUGACUCUGCAUCUCAAACCUUUCCUUGCGUGUGGAGGUGAUGGAUUUACUCAAUCCAACUUUGAUGGCUGUAUCACUUCUGCCCUAUGUAUUCUGGAAGCAUUAAAGAAUCAUAUUUAAUACCUGUAUCCUUAUUUUCUACUUAUAUUUUGAGUUUUUGUCUUCAUAAUUUUUUGUUACUGAUUAUUUUGUUUUGUGGAGAGAAAUUACUGGAAAAUUGUUCUUCAUUUAUUGUCAUUUUUCAUAUGGAAUGUAAAAUCAAUUUUAUAAUUUCAAUAGUUACACUCCACGCUAGAAUAAAAGUUUUUUGUACCUGAUGCCUUUGGCCACUUUUCUGAAUUGCCAUGACUCCUUGUUGGAGGAAAAGUAGUGCUUAAAUAACAAAUAAAUCUCUCUCAAAAUUAUGUCAAAUGCAAAUUAAUAGUUCAUGUUCCAAAAUCUUUAUUACCCUUUUCAAACUUUUUGUUCUAAAUAAAGAAUAAGAAUUAUCAAA